ACACGCGGAGGGGCGGGGUCUGGGAAAAAAUUUUAGAGAACUAAAUACGGCAACGGUAACUGUCGGGUCCAUCUCUGAUGUAUACUUACCCCCGACAAAAGACCCGUGACCUUCUCGCAUAAUUGUCUCCUGUUUAUUCAAGCAGUGUGCCAGCCUACAUAAAUUCAUGGCUGAAGGUGUUGGAUUCGAAAUCCCUGUGUCUGUCCGUGAACGGUAUUACAAAACAUUUUGUUCGGUUGGAGGAAUUGAAGAACAAUGCGUUUUACAACAUUCAAACAGGGUGUGUGUUGUGUGUCUUUCUCCUACCCAUCCUUUAGUGAAGAAUUCUAAUGUAACUGUAGCCAGUAUCGAUUUUCUGGUAGACGGAAAGAGGAAAAAGAAGGUUACCAACAACUCUAUCCUCUGUGUUGUUCACUGUAAAUCAGGUGUAACCUAUUCUCUACGAAGUUGUGUCACAGGUACCCUUUUGGAGAUGAAUGACCAACUGUUGUCUAAACCUACCCUUAUUCAAAGCAAGCCAAUGGGAAAGGGCCACAUUGCAAUUCUACUACCUAAAGAUAAAUAUACUGUUUGUGUUAAUAUGCUGACAUAAGUAUCUUCAUUUAAUGAUUAACUUUUUCCAGAAUGUGUUAAGGUGACGUUUACUCUGCUAAUUUAUAACACUGGCUAUAUUUGUUAAGUGUCAUAUCCAUAUCUUAUCCGGUUUUUGAGAUACGCUUGUCUAAACUGAACAAG